CCUAACGUUUUAAGAAAGAAAACAGACGAGAAAGAGAGAGAGAAGAGAUGGAAGCAGAAGCAGAAAUUCUGCAACCUUUCCUUCUCCAUUUCUCAGACCUCCUUCUCCUAUCUUCUCCUCCUCCUACUUCGGACGAGGCGGAGCUCAAAAGGCUCGAAUCAUUGUCGAGAAGCGUCAUGGAAGCCCUAGGGCCCACAGGUCCAGGUCUCCUAUCCAUCGUAGGAGUCCCAAAAGCUUCCUAUCUACGCCAAACACUCCUUCCCUUUGCUCGGAAGCUCGCCCUACUUAGUCCUAACGCUCUCCGUCGCGUUCUCAAGGACCACAGCUUGGGCAGCGAUGUUCCUUUGAAGAAUCCGGAUAGGAGAGUCUCGUCUUUUGCAUUGCAGUUGAAAUAUGUGCAGGAUCUGAGCUCAGAACUGACUUCUGGCGUAUCAAGACACAAUGAUGAAGAUGGUCAUAUUGCAAAAGAACAACAUCCAAAUGUGAAUGGAUCGCAUGAUUUUCAUGAUUAUGAAUUCAAAAAUCUGGGGCGAAUUUUUAAGGAACUAGGCAUUUGCAUGAUGGAACUUGGACUUCGGAUAGCACAAGUGUGUGAUAAGGCCAUUGGUGGCCAGGAGUUGGAGCAAAGCAUACUGAAUGGAGGCACAGCAAAAGGACGGCUUAUACAUUAUCAUUCAACUAUAGAUAAUGUCAUUCUAAAACAGGCUAGGAGAGGAAAACGAUUUACCAAAGGACCCGCUACUCAUUGUGUUUCACUUCCUUGUGGUUUAACAGGAUCUGAAGACGACAUCCCUAUGAAUUCUGGAACUGGCAAUGGUGGAGAUAAGCAAAUGGCAAUGGAUGGCUUAAACCUGGAAAACUUCGAAAAUGGAGUUGUGUCCUGCCGAACUUCCCUUUCUAACUUGUGGCAACAGUGGCAUUACGACUAUGCAAUAUUCACUGUCCUGACAACUCCAAUGUUUUUGUACCCAUGCUGUCAGCCGACAUCUGAAGCAAAAGACGGGUUUUGCAUAUUAUGCGGGCGGGAGUGCUCACCUCCGAAUGGGCAUACAUAUUUGCAAAUAUUUGAAACUAACAGGAAUAAGAUCCUUCUGGUAAGAUCCCCCCCUGAGAGUUUCAUUGUUCAGGUAGGGGAAUCAGCUGACAUUUUGUCAAAAGGAAAGCUUCGUUCAACCCUACACUCUGUUUGCAGACCAGUCGACCGAGAGGAGUUAAGCAGGGAGACCUUUGUUGUCUUCCUACAACCUGCUUGGGACAAAACUCUCUCCAUCUCAGAGUAUCCUAUGACGUCAGCUAUUACAGGAUAUGAAAACUUGACACUAGAUGGGAAAGUUUCUCGGGUUAAUGAUGAGGAAACUGAAUUGGAUUCUGAUGUUGUUAGCACUCAUCUUGCUGAUAGGGAAUCCCAUAAAAUUGUUCAAGAAAUACUUAAUAUUGUACCGCCGCUAUUCUCUCGCUUAAAGGAUGGGAUGACUUUUGCAGAAUUUUCACGUGAAACUACCAAGCAGUACUAUGGGGGGAAUGGUAUACAGUCUAAGAGAUAGAGAGUUCCUUGGCAUGGAUUUGGAAUUUUACAGCAUCCAUCUACUCAUGGUAAAAGCAUCACAAUGAAGGAGAGACUGAAUCUGGAAAGAUCAAACGCCUCUAGAUAUUUUUCAUAUUACAGUUCAGUUAAGCUUCUCAUAUGAAGAAAUGCAUCUACAUCUGUUAUGCUUCUGCAGUCAUUCGGACAUCUCAUUGUUCUCUAGUCGUGGAAAAGAUAAUAUGCUCCCAUUCAAACUGAGCAGAGGAAAAGGAAAAAAGAAAAAAGAAAAAAGAAAAAAGAAAGAAAAGGAGAACACCCAAUUUGCAAAUCAAGACUCUACAUGGGAACCUUGAAUUUCACGGUUCCAUGCUGAAACACUAAGUUGUAAGUUGAACACAAUCAGCAGCCUUCAUCAGCUUCUACUUCAUUACACAUCUUUCUGCAUCCUUUUUUCUCUGAAUUGGUGCGUAGCUGCUAUCGAGAGUUUGUGUUAUUCCCUCUACUUCAAAGGUCACAUGAUUCACAGUAGUGGAUAGACAUGAAUGGUUAGUACCCAUUCCCAUGCACCUGCAGGCAUUGAAAGGACAUUUACAUAUAUGGUUGACCUUCAGAGGCAGCAGGACCAAAUUUGCAUAAAAGUCUGAGUGAUUGGCAUUCAUAUUUGAAGUAUUAUAUUCAUGGGUUAAUAUAUACAGACCUCAUAUGCAACCAGAGAUCUGCAGUAGUUGGUGUUUGUGAGCACAGUACUGGAUGAACCACAUUCGCUGUCCUUGAGUGACAUUGUUGAUCUAUCGAGCUUGAUUGACCAUGGGAAUUGGUACCCAUUAGGAGUCAUACCCACAUGUGAAGAUGAUCGCUGCAUUCUAACACUUCGAGGGAUGUUCCUUCCUUCCAUUGAUGGCCUCCGCCUGCUUGGUUGCCUUUCGAUUGAAUCUGGCCGUUGCUUUGGUGCGCUCUGUGAUCGGACUUUAGCUCGUGAAGACUCCGUGUUGGCCAUGUAAUUUGGAAAGAAGGGGUAGUCAUGCGAAAUAGAUUCUGCAUAUUCUUGUUGAGGAAAACUGAAAGGAGUUUUAGUUGGAUCGGGUUUGGACACAGCUGAGAAGAACUGGGGGCUGCUCUGUGUCGUGGUGAAUGAGUACUCAUCAAAAUGUCCACUACAGGCUCUUGGGGUCAGAUCGGUCAAUGCAGAUGGUGCAGGUGAAAUCUGGAGUUGUUGUUCCAGUUUUGAAUAUGGACAGUGUUCGGCAUAUUGUAUUGAGAAUCUGGGAUCUGCUCUUUCAGCAUGUGUGGUUGAGUAGCUGUUCCUGCCCUUUGAAUUGCCUCUCACUUCUCCAAGAUCCAUCUCCACAAUCUUAAUGUUCUCUUCCAUGCCUCGAUCCACCUACAAUGAUGAAGGAGGACCAUGACUUCAAUAGUCUCAAUACUAGCAUCAGCUAAUUGAACUUUCUAGGAUGCUUGGAAAUUAGAAUUUCAAGUCUCAUUUUGCAUCUCUCAAGUCUGAAACUGUUUUGACCGUGUUUAGAUGCACAAAAAUGAAUUCAAUAGCUUAGUUUAAUCAAAGAGAAAAUGACAAAAAAAGAAUGAUGCUCCGAAGUAUUCUUUAGUA